CCCUCCCUCCGUCCCUCCCUCCCCCGCUCCUCCUCCUCCUGUUCUUCCUCUUCAGUCCGUAGGUCCGUCCGCCCCUCAGCGACGGAGCCCUCUAGCCCAUCCGUGGCGGAAAGCGCCGGGCGGCCGAUGGCGACUCUGAGCGGGAGGCUUUGUUGACGCUGCCCAGCCUUCGCCGGGGCCUCGCCGGCCCUGCCUUGGAUAAGCUAUGACAUCCUUUCAAGAAGUCCCGUUGUCAAGCACUCUUCAGACUUCCAACUUUGCACACGUCAUCUUUCAAAAUGUGGCCAAGAGUUAUCUUCCCAAUACCCACCUUGAAUGUCACUAUACCUUGACCCAGUAUAUUCAUCCACACCCAAAAGACUGGGUUGGCAUUUUUAAGGUUGGUUGGAGUACAGCUCGGGAUUAUUAUACAUUUUUAUGGUCCCCAAUGCCUGAACAUUAUGUGGAAGGAUCAACAGUGAAUUGUUUAUUGUCCUUUCAAGGGUAUUACCUUCCAAAUGAUGAUGGAGAAUUUUAUCAGUUCUGUUAUGUUACCCAUAAGGGUGAAAUUCGAGGAGCAAGUACACCAUUCCAAUUUCGAGCAUCUUCUCCAGUUGAGGAACUGCUGACUAUGGAAGAUGAAGGAAAUUCCGACAUGUUGGUGGUGACUACAAAAGCUGGCCUGCUGGAGUUCAAAAUUGAGAAAACUAUGAAAGAAAAAGAAGAGCUGUUAAAGGUAACUACUGUUCUGGAGAAGGAGACUUCGCAGCUCAGAGAACAGAUUGGAAUGCUGGAAAAGGAACUUUCCAAUGAAAAAGAGAGACGUGACCAGCUGCAGGCGGAGCGUGAGGGUCUUGUUGAAGCGUCACAAACUCUAAAAAUGGAAAAUGAAGAGCUGAAGAAAAAACACAGUGAAGCAACUUCCAAAGUUCUCCAGCUUGAGGAAGAUCUGGUGACUGUGAGCCAGAAAGCAAUUACAAAGGAGACUGAAUUGGACAGUUUGAAAGACAAACUCAAGAAAGUAACACUUGAAAAAGAGCAGCUAGAAUGUCAGUUGAAGACUGAAAAGGAUGAGAAGGAACUUUAUAAGGUUCAUCUGAAGAACACAGAAAUCGAGAAUACCAAGCUUGUCACUGAAGUGCAGACUUUAAAGAAUUUAGACGGGAACAAGGAAAACAUGAUUGCCCAUUACAAGGAGGAGGUGGGCCGACUGCAGCUGUGUGUGGCGGAAACAGAGAGCCUGCAGAGAACCUUCCUGCUGACAGCCUCCAACAAAGAUGACAUCGCAUAUCUAAAAGAAGAGCUUCGCAAAGCAGAGGAAGAGAUCCAGGGUACUCGGCAAAAAGUCGUGUUUCUGGCCAAAGAGCUAAGUGAUGCAGUCAAUGUGAGAGAUCAGACCAUGGCUGACCUCCAUAGUGCCCGGCUAGAAAAUGAGCAGAUCAAAAAACAGCUGGUGGAGACUGUGGCUGAGCUUCGAGCCGUCGUGAAAAAGCAACAGGAGAAAACAGAUCCUGUUGAACAGGACCUGCGCAGAGAGGUGGAAGAACUGAAGCUCCGCUUGCAGAUGGCUGCAGAUCAUUACCGAGAGAAAUUCAAGGAGUGUCAGAAGCUCCAGAAGCAGGUGCUGCGGCUCUCAGAGCAGUCUAAAACUGGGAACCAGCAGAAAGUGAUGGAUGCCUCAAGCAGCACAGAGACAGCGGCUGACUCUCCCGUUAACCCCCAAAGUAUCGGCUGCUCCAGGUACCCUAAACCUGCCAAGGUGUUUAUGAAUUGUGGUGGCCAGGGGCAAGUCUGCGAAAUGACCAAAGAAAUUGCUGAGAAAAGAGAAUAGUAUAAGAAAAUGAAACAACUACUUUUGGAUGAAAGGGCCAAAUGUAGCAGCUACGCUGAUGAACUGGCCAGGUUGGAGCUGAAGUGGAAGGAGCAGGUGAAAAUCAGCGAGGAUGCGAAACUUCGCCUGGCGGAGGUCGAGGACCAAUAUAAAGUACAGUUGGUGCAGAGAGAACAAGAAGUAAAUGAUCUGACCUCGAUUUUGGAAACUCUUACCAGGGAGAAGGAAGAGGCAAAGAAGGAGAUGAAAAGGAGAUUUGAAGAUCAAGCCGAGAGAGUCAUGGAAGGUCAGAGUUCUUGGCCCUCCCAAGUGAGUGGCCCCCCAAAAGAGCAGAGUGGUCCUGUGCCUUCGGUGCCGAACAGGAAGCCGGUUCUGCAGUUUGGAAACCCCUAUGUAGCCCAGGACACAAGAGAUGGAGCAGAUGGCGCUUUUUACUCAGAUGAAAUCCAAAGGCCACCAGCAAGAAUGUUCUUGUGGGAACUGGAAGACAAUGUUGUCUGUAGUCAGCCUGCUCGAAACCUUAGCCGGCCUGAUGGUUUAGAAGACCCCGAAGAUAGCAAUGAUGAUGAUGGGAAUGUCCUUCGUGCUCCAGAACCUCCGAGCCAGCUUUUACAUGCUCAUGGAACGGGCUUUUGCUUUGAUUCCAGCUUUGAUGUUCACAAGAAGUGCCCUCUCUGUGAAUUAAUGUUCCCUCCUAACUACGAUCAGAGCAAGUUUGAAGAACAUGUGGAAAGUCACUGGAAGGUGUGCCCCAUGUGCAGUGAGCAGUUCCCUCCAGACUAUGACCAGCAGGGGUUUGAAAGGCACGUUCAGACCCAUUUUGAUCAGAAUGUUUUAAAUUUUGACUAGAAUGUCAUUUUUUUAAUGCAUUAUUCCAGUUUACCAUUUAAAAAAAGAUCACCUCCAAUAGAUAAAACGUAUGUGAUAAAGCAUCUGCUGCAGUUUUCUGACUACUUACAUUAUACAUUACCUGUGUGCAAUGCAGUAGAAUUAGGGUCAGGAUGGAUGUGUGGCUUAUCAGCAGAUAGCAAUUCAACCUGUUACUUUCAGGAAGUUCUGUGUGUGUGUGUGUAUCUAUUUAUUCCUUGAUUGUGAACAUUGUAUCAGUAAAGGAUACAGGGAUUAUUUUAAUGUGACAACAGAAAAAUAUUACAUGGUGGUAGUUACUUAGCUGACUGAUAAGUUUCUGUUGAAUAGGUGAUUGAGCACGAUUAAACACGAUGUAAUAAAAAGUGUUCCUUCGGCAGUCUUGUGUAGUAAUUCUUUGGGAAACUCAGAAAAUGAUAGAAUUGAUCCUAUGAACGUAUAAUUAUAACUCCUCUUUAGCAGUUUAGAUGCAUGUAAGAUGAGGUUACAUGUUUGCAAAUAGAAAUUACAGGUACAUGUGUUUGCCAUGUGAAAUUGUACAUGUGAGAUGAUUGCCCUUUAGGAAUUCACGAAAGCACAUUUUGCCUUUAAUCAUCCAGUAUUUUUAUGAAUAAAAAAUAAUUAUAAUUAGAUUAUCUGAAUAACUUAUUUAAAAAUACUCUUACAGUUGUAUUUCUAGCUAGUAAAAAGUGGUCUUGGCAAAGCCUCCAUGAUGUGACUGCAGAACCCUCCACACCAAAUUCUACCCGCUGGCUCUGGUGUUCUUGACAUGUACUUCCAGGGGCCGGGUUUUGUGCAUUUUGCAGUUUUCCUGUUGAGCAUAAAGAUUAGUUUCUAAUGAAGCAAUUAAAAAAUGUGACAGGAACACCCAAAUCAAAGCUGUGUGUUUCUUUAGUUCAGAUCUGUUUCUGUCUGUAUAGUACUCAUUACAUUAAAGGUAAACCAGUAUUGGA